CCUGAAACGCAACGUCUGCGCGCUGUACCAUAGAUCAACUGCCGUGAGGAGAUGGGUUCUCUGGACAGUACUGUUUGAGAAGGGUUAUUUAAGAUAUACUUUUUUGUUUUAGAAAAAACUGCCAAAAUGCUCAACAGCUCUAUCAGGAAUCUAACACUGGAGGACGUUUUUUUCCUAAUUAACAACUCGUCUGGGAACGGAACGUACAACGAGUCUCACGGCAGCGCUAUCCUCAUCUCCUUCAUUUACUCGGUUGUCUGUUUGGUCGGACUGUGCGGGAACUCUAUGGUUAUCUAUGUCAUUUUCAGAUAUGCCAAAAUGAAAACGGCAACAAAUAUUUAUAUUCUAAAUUUAGCCAUCGCGGACGAGUUACUUAUGCUGAGUGUCCCCUUCCUGGUGACAUCUUCACUCCUUCACCACUGGCCUUUCGGCUCCCUUCUCUGCCGACUUGUUCUAAGUGUUGAUGCUAUUAAUAUGUUUACGAGUAUUUACUGCCUAACUGUACUUAGCAUAGACCGAUAUAUUGCGGUUGUACACCCCAUCAAAGCCUCCCGGUACCGGAGGCCCACAAUAGCUAAAAUAGUCAACUUUGGGGUUUGGAUGUUUUCUAUCCUGGUCAUUUUGCCCAUUAUUAUAUUUUCCACGACCGUUCCAAACUUGGACGGUUCGCUCGCUUGCAACAUUCAGAUGCCAGAGCCAGUGAACCAGUGGAUGGCUGUGUUUGUGAUUUAUGCCUUUCUCAUGGGCUUUCUGUUCCCAGUCAUUGCUAUCUGUAUGUGUUACAUCCUCAUCAUCGCCAAGAUGAGAGUGGUGGCAAUGAAGGCAGGCUGGCAGCAGCGUAAGAAAUCGGAGAGAAAGAUCACUCUGAUGGUGUUGAUGGUGGUGACCGUGUUUGUCAUCUGUUGGAUGCCCUUUCACAUUGUACAGCUCGUUAAUGUCUUCGUGAAGCACCAUAACGCGACAUUCAUGCAACUCGCAGUGAUUUUGGGGUACGCAAACAGCUGCGCCAACCCUAUACUGUAUGGAUUUUUAUCAGACAAUUUCAAACGUUCGUUCCAAAGAAUUUUGUGCCUGCGGUGGAUGGACAAUGCAACGGAGGAACCAAUAGAUUACUAUGCCACCGCUUUGAAAAGUCGUGGUUACAGUGCGGAUGAAUUUCAACCAGACAACAUGGAAUGUGACAGCACUUAUAGAAAUGGAAUCUGCACUUCGAGGACAACGACACUGUAACCUAGCAUAUGGACAUAAAGUGAUGAAGCGAUAUGAACAAAAUCAUAAAUGUGACCACUGAGUGUUUUGCUCAUUAGGCCUACUAGGCUGUUACUUCGGUAUUUAUUAGUUUUGUUUACUUGCAACUAUUUAUAUGAACUAAAUUAAAAGGUUGACCAAUCAGAAUGUCUUAUCGAAUCAUUGCAAUAUGGAUUCAGGUGGCACUGUGCGUAAAAGUCCUCCAAUUAUGACAAGUAGCCUUACAGAGCAGAAACAGACUGGCACUACUAGAGCCUGCCGGUGUGCAGUGUAGUUAUACCAUUUCCAAUGUGUGAGCCAGAGUGUGGACUCGAGUCAUAAGACUUGGACUCGAGUCUGACUUGAGUCACACAUCUGAUCACCUGAGACUCGACUUGAUAGAAAAUAAAAUAACUCGAGACUUGACUCGAAACGCACACUCGGCACUCUCUCUGAUUGGACCAACUGUCAAUCAACACAGGUUGGAUGAGCUGGCGCAGUGAGAACAUUUUCGGGGGUCGCUUGUGAAAGCUGAAUGGGAAAAUAUGAAUAUUUUUUCAUACAUAUUUUAAUAGGCUACAUGUAGCCUGCCAGUUUAAUUUUAUAACAAUGCCUUUGCUUAUUCGAUCUGGUCACUAACAUGAUAGGCCUACAGCAUUGCAACAAAUGGUUGUUUCUAAAACAUUCUAAACUAUGCUUCAGAACCACAAAG